AAAUACACAUUAUACUUUAUAAAUUAAAAACACUUUGAUCUUGCAAAUGCAUUCGUCCUCACUUCAACUAAGUUCUACAAAAAAAGUUAGAGCCUAACUAAUAAAAAGAAGAGAAGAAGAAGAAGAGAUUAAUAGAGGGGAAAAAAAAUGCAGGUAAUAACACCUGAAGAAAGUGAUAAUAUGAGAGGAACAAAAGCACAAAUGAUGAAAAGAAUAGGAGAAAGAAAAGUGAAAGAUAUAGUGGUAGAAAAGAGGAGGUUGGUGGAGGUGCCAUACACAGCCACCCUAGCACACACCAUGAACACCCUGGUGGCUAACCGAGUCGUGGCGGUGCCGGUAGCGGCACCGCCAGGACACUGGAUUGGAGCUGGUGGGUCUAUGAUUAUGGAGACUGAUAAACAAACUGGGGCAGUAAGAAAGCAUUACAUAGGUAUGGUUACUAUGUUGGAUAUAUUGGCUCAUAUUGCAGGGGAUGAUAGUGUUAAUGGUGGAGAAUCUACAAAUGAUGUUGAUAACAAGUUAUCUGUUCCGGUUUCCGCUAUUAUUGGUCAUUGUCUUGAGGGUUUGAGCUUGUGGACUCUCAAUCCUAAUACUAGUCUCCUAGAUUGCAUGGAAGUCUUCAGCAAGGGAAUUCACCGAGCAAUGGUUCCAUUAGACAGUCACAUGGAGAACAUAUCAGGAGUUGAGCUCGUAGAGUCAUCAUCUUGCUACCGAAUGUUAACACAAAUGGAUGUCAUAAAAUUCCUGAAAGCUCAUGGCCAUCAAGAGAUGCGUGAUGUAUUGGCGCGCACCGUGAGGAGCACCGGGGCUGUUACUGACACUGUACUUGCUGUGUCUCAGCGCACGAGAGCGAUUGAUGCCAUCAAGUGCUUGAGAAACGCUUCUCUUCAAGCCGUUCCCAUUGUAGAAGCCUCUGAGAUUCCAUAUGAAGGUCACAGCCAACUGAUAAAUGGAUAUGGCAGGAAGCUUGUGGGAACAUUUUCUGCAACUGAUUUAAGAGGAUGCCCAGUUGAUUUGAUGCAAUCCUGGCUAUCGUUGAAUGUGAGAGAUUUCAUGAGAAGAGUUUAUGAAAACCCUUCUCACGGAGCUCCAGACUUGGUGAACUCCCCUAAGUUGCUUGUAACUUGUCAUCUUGAUUCGACCUUGUCGGAAGUUAUCGACAAAGUAACUACCAAACAUGUGCACCGCGUUUGGGUUGUCGACGAGUACCAAUAUGGUACACUCCUUGGGAUCAUCUCUCUUACAGACAUAAUCCGAGUUGUUAGAGCAGCUCUUAUUUCAGGAUCCUAGCUACCAAAAUGGGUCCGAAGAGUUUGCUAACUGAGAUUCUCUAAGGUUCACAAUCGAGCAAGGUUUUUGUUCGGGUGUAUGAUGUAACCUUUAAUGCUUUGUUGCGAAUUAAAGGGAGUGCAUCUAUAAUGUUUUCAGACUUAGGGUUUUUCUUUGUUCUUGUGUUUGAAGUAACUAGCUUUUUGGCUAAAGCUGGUUUGUUGUAUGUAAUGUUCAUUGGUUUAUCCUAGUUUCUGUUGAGUAAUGUGUGUUUAUGUAUGAGUGCAUGUGCUCAAUACUCCUACCAAGAGCUUCUGUUGGCAUUUGUAAUUUGUUCGUAGGUAUAAUAACAUGGUGUACUUGAGUUUUGGAGGGGUUCAUAUA